UUUAGAGCAGGAAAUGCUGCCACCUGCUUAUCGGAAAGAAGUGCAGAAGAUGAUUGAAAUUGGAAAAACUCAAGUGAAUCGCUUCACCCAUAAAUUUAAAUAUAAUUCAGGACUGGAUUACUAUCCUUUCCAAAAAUAAGUAAGUACCUAAUACAUUUUUGAAAUGAUAAAAAUUACUAGCUUUUCAUGCUCUUUGAAUAGUUGUCUAGUACCAUAUAAGUUCAUUAAACAUGUACAUGCUAGAAAAAAGUCAAAUUCUUCUUUGCAUUAUAAAUAUACUCCGGAAAUUGAAGCAGCUGUAAAUAAACAAAUACAAAUAGAGCAACAAGCAGCGCAAGACUAUUUGAACAUUGCAGUCAAGUUUUUACAUCCUGGUCAGUUACGUCCUGGGGCAGCAGGGUUUUUCAUGAGAAUGUAUGAAGAAGAGCUGAGGCAUAUGCAACAAUUCAUUCUUUAUCAGUUAAGAAGAGGAGGUACACCUCUUAUAAGUUGUCUAAAAGAACCACUUGAUCUACCUAAAAUUUCUCUACUUGAUGCUUUUAAUAAAGCUAUUGAAAUGGAAAAAAGUGUAACUGAGUCACUGGAAAAUCUUAUUAUACUUGCAGAAAAGGCUAAAGAUUACCAAUGUGUGGAUUUUGUUACUUCCAAAUUUCUAUCAGAACAAAUGAGUUCAAUAGAUGAAUUAGCACAACACAUUGCUAGUCUCAGUAAAUUAUCUGAUGGUGAACAUGGUGUGUAUCACUAUGAUUUACGAUUAGCUAAAAGAUAUCCUUAUACAUAUUUAGCUAUAUAGAAAAUAAAAGGCAUUAUUAAUCACAA